AUGAGAACACGACCAUCUUUCCCACAUCACAUCUAUAAUGAUAGUGAUACUGCCCUCCGUUAUUGCCGACUCAUUGAAGACUUGGCGGGCCAGUAUCCCGGAUAUUCAUAUCUCGAUUUUUAUCUCAACAGCGAAAAUGUUCAGCCACGCAAGGAACCAUAUCAGAUCGAUUUAGUCCAACUAUCUAAUGGACAGUCUGAUGCACAAUUUGAUAUCAACACGUUCACAGAUGUCAACAAGCUUAUAGAUCAAGUAAGGAAAAAUGAUUCGCACAAACUCAUCAUCUUGGAGGACCCAACGCCAGAAGUGAUCGCACACAUGGGCAGUGAAUUAGAGAUUGAUCCGCAGUUUUGGGCCGACUUUCUCGUGGGCUCGUUUUGGUUUGAUUCAGGAAAAUUGCGCAUUGAUCACAGAAAAGAAUACAAAUAUUUUCAGGAUGACAGUCUCCUGGAGAAAGUCUGGCUGUUACCAACAGACGCUAGACAACAAGAUCAUUGUUGCAUCCGAUUCGUUGCUCAAAGAGCGUUGGACAGAAAGGAUAAUGCCCAGAUGAAAAAGUACAAGUCUUUGGAGAAGACACAUGGAAUCACAGAUGGUGCGGAAACUGGACCACCAAACUAUGCAAAUACAGUACCUGAACACUGUAAACUUACUUUAUGGAAUAAUUUCCGUAACCGUCGUGGCAAUGAAAAGUUAAUGUCCCAAUCGAGUUUCAAAGCCUAUCUCGACUGGCAACGGAGGCCUCAGACUGCAUUGAAAAGCAACGCCUCUCUCAGAGAAAUUAUUAAUAGCCAGCUCAAUGAACAACUCAAUUGGAAGGCCUUCCGCAAUGCUGCAGCAUACGCACCGGACUAUUUGCUCAUUGAUCUAUGUCGUUUGAUUGCAAGUUUCUGGGUGGCGGAGAUUGAAAGCCAGCACUUAUACUUAUUCUGGGUGGAAAAGUUUUACCAACGUGAGAUCACCAGACAGAAGCAAGAACUUACCUUUCAGGAACUUUUUGCAUACAAUUGGUUGUCCGAGAAGCUUAAUGCAGAUGAUAUAGAAUUGUGGAGCCAUCGGACAGCAACUGGAUGCUAUUCACACUCCAUCAAAGAGCUCUCUCAAUGUUGCGAUACUCAAAAGCCAAGGGAGGCACAAUUAUCAACACUAAAGGAUACCCUCAUUUGA